CACGAGCGGUUGCCACGGCAACGCCGCCGGAUGUCGCCGGUCGCCGCCGCCAGGGGGGACCCGCGGCGGGGCGGAAGUGUCAUGGCGGAGGUGUCAUGGCGGACUACGAGGCGGUGCAGCGGGGGCCGCUGCGGCUGAAGGGCAGCGGGGGCGCCCUGGGGGCCGGCAAGCGGAAGAAGAAGAAGGCAAAGGAGAAGGCGCAGAUGCUGGAGCAGAUCGUGAGCAGCAAGAAGCAGGAGGAGGAGAAGAAGCGCGGGCUGGACAAGCGGACCCCGGCGCAGGUGGCCUACGAGAAGAUGCAGGAGAAGCGGCAAAUGGAGCGGAUCCUGAAGAAAGCAUCAAAAACCCAUAAGCAGCGAGUGGAGGACUUCAACAGGCACUUGGACACUCUGACUGAGCACUACGACAUUCCCAAAGUCAGCUGGACCAAGUGAACGGCCGCUUUCCGGACCCUGCACCUCGCUGCGUUUGUUUGUCCUGAACAGGGCUGGCCUGUAAAUCUGUGUAUUCCCCGCACGCAGUAUUUAAUAUAUCUUCUGAAUGUUUA